AUGGCGGCGUGGCGGCUCCCGGCGCUGGCAGGGGCCUCCCGGGGGUCGCCGCUGCCCUCCUCGCUGGGGCCUCAGGUACCCCCCGGCUCUAUGCUGUGUUCCGCCUCCGGGUCAGGCGGCUGCGGCAGCGCCAACGGUUCGGCAGCGCGGGCCCCGGAGAGUCCGGAAGGCACCAGGCCCGAGCGGUCCGAGAGCCCCGAGAACCCCAAGCUCACAGCGGCAGAGCUGCUGAUCGCCCAGCUGCACGAGGCCGCCUGCGCGGCUGGCCAACUAAACUAUGUGGAUCCAACCACUGGCCAUUUAGUAUUCACCAAAGUGGCCCAUUUGCAGAGAGGGGACUGCUGUGGUUCUGCCUGCAGACAUUGUCCAUAUGGCCAAAUCAACGUUAAAGAUCUGUCGAAGAGGAAGCGAUUCAACUCACUGUUUUAUAUUUGAGAAUGAUUUCAAUUUGUGUUUUCCUUGUUAACAGCCUGCAAAAUAAAAUACAAUAAAAGGCCUAA